AUGCGCGUCCUCAUCCUCGGUGCCACUGGACCAACCGGUAUCCUCAUCGUCAGGGAACUCCUCGCUUCCUCUGUCCAGUACGACAUCGUGAUCUACGCACGCACACCCACCAAACUCCCUUCCGACAUAGUCACUCACCAAGAUGUCGCUAUCAUCAAGGGAGAGUUGUCCGACUCCGACACCUUCUCCAAAGCCGUGGAGGGUGUCGAAGCCGUGCUGAGCGCGCUCGGACCCCUCGCGUCCCAUCCGAACAACAACCCUCUCGCUCAUGGGUAUAAGCUCCUGUUGGAGUUGAUGCAGCGCCAUAGCGUCACUCGCCUCAUCGCGCUCGGGACGGCCAGCAUCACAGACGAAAACGACAAAUCCAGCUGGGCGUAUUCCGCGAUGAUAGCCACUGUGAAGCUCCUCGCACGCAAUGCGUAUAAUGACAUCGUGGCGGUUGGAGAGGUGAUCAAGGCGAGCCCAGAAAAUCUGCGAUGGACGAUCGUGCGCGUUGGGUUGUUGACGAACGCGGAGAACAAUGAUGUAAUUGUAGGAUAUGUCGGGGAUGGGAAGACAGGGACGAGACUGGCGAGGGCUGGUUACGCGACGUUUGCUUUACAAGAGUUGGAGAAGGAACGGUGGUCGAGAAAGGCACCCCUUAUAUCAUCUGCUUGAUACUGUCGAUCAUAUCCCCUUGCGUCUGUUCAUCAUGUACCUCAUCACGACCCCGGCAGCGAACUGGCAGCGAUUGCGCUGUUCGAGACGAGGAUGUAUACAUAGUGCCUCGUGUAGAAGGAACGCAUCACUUCAUGUUGUAAACAAUAUAUAUAUAGUUACGCAAUGAUCUCUGCAUGCUUC